UUCUUAUUUUUUUUCCCGCUGAAUUUAACCAGACAGAGUACUCCAGCGCAAAGCCCAAACUCAGCAUGCCGUUAUUCCGCCUUGUUUCUCGCUGUGUAUAAAACUGCCAUCUAUCCUUAAUCCAUUACCGGCUAUCACCGUCAGUAUGCCCUAACCUUGCGAUCAGUAAAAGAACCACUAGCAUAAAAAGGUUUGUUAUGGAUUUCGACGACGUAGAAGCGCCGAUCAAAGCCACUUCACGAGUCUCAAGAUUCGCGCCAAAAGCUUCCAAACUCAACCCUAAAACUGAACAGGUACUCGUUCCCAAAUCUGAACAAUGUGAAGCGAAAUUGGAUUCCAUGGAUAUAGAAAUGACCGAGGCUGAUAUUCAAGAGGAUUUAACACAUGCCAAUCCAAUGGAGGAGGACGGAGGAGAGGACGUAGUUGUUCGCGAAAUUGAUGUAUACUUCUCACCUUCUAUCAAUGGUGGCACUAAGUUGUAUGUUAUGCAGUUUCCUUUGAGACCUUCUUGGCGUCCAUAUGAACUUGAUGAGCUAUGUGAAGAGGUUAGAUUGAAACCUGAAAGUUCAGAAGUUGAGGUCGAUUUAUCUGUUGAUUUGGAGUCAAGUAACAUUGAUAGUGAUUUUUCCGACAAACUCAAAUACACAAAGGAGACUCUAUCAACUACGUGGAAGCCACCUCCUGUAAAUGGCUGUGCUGUUGGGCUUCUUAUGGGAGAUAAGUUGCAUCUUCAUCCAGUUCAUGCAGUUGUGCAGCUCCGACCAUCACGACAUUAUCUUGAUUCUGGUGGCUCAGAAAAGAAGGAUGCUGCUCCGUCAAAGAAGCAGAAUAAGCCAAUGGGUUCUUCAACUGAGCAAAAGAGUGACGAUGAUCAGUGUUGGGUUCCUCUUAAGUACCAUGGUUGCAAGAGUGAUAUCCCGUCUAGAUAUUUUCAGCAAAUGGUGGCACACGAAAGUUCUCCCAUAAACUUUGAAAUGAACACGUAUGACUACAUUGCUACACUUUGUCCUGGAGUGAGCAGCAAAACUCUAGCUAAAGGUCCUUCUAAAAGGUUUCUUCUAUCAUUGCCGGUGGAAAAACGUCUUGAGACAUUGCUUAUUGAGGGCCCUCCGCUUCAUCGUUUUAGUGAUAUCAAGCACUUUGCUCCUGAAUACUCUGACGACAAACUGCUGAGUUUUCUGCAGCAACAUGCACAAUUGCUGCAGGGAUACUGGGUUCCAAAAGGUAGAUUGCUGUAUCCUGAGGACGGUAAACAAUUGCUGGCACGGAAUUAUGUCAUCUUAAUGUUUCACAAGAGUUUGAAAGUUUUGACGGAUGAUUUGAGAAGCCUCGGUGGACGUGUGAGACCCUUUCUGAUGCAAUUUGCUUUGGAAAACUCUGAUCUAAAAGACAAGUAUUGGAAGUUCAAAGAGCUUCCGGAUGAGUCCUUUAUAAAAAAAUUUCCAAAUAUUGUUAAACAACAAGAAGAAGUUUAUAAGAUUUUGGAACAAGAGGUAUUUGCUAUUGUUGGUAACAGAAGGCGCUAACAAACUGUGUAGGUUAAUCCAUAUUGCGCUGCAACUUUCAUGUUUCAAUAGUUAUCUUUGUAUCUAUCAAUAUGUUUUGUAUUUACAUGGAGCAACUAGAAAUUUAAUAUAGUUCUUUUAAUGCUUUUUCUUCCACCAAAAGAAUUCAGCCAUUUCAAACCUGCUUCUGUCCUAGACUGAAACUCAAUUAAAUGUAGAACCUGGAUGUUCUAUUAUAGAAC